UUGAGGACAAGAGAAGCCGGAGACACAGCAUACAUCGCCGGCCUGCCAUGACGCAAAACUCCGCUAGUAAGCUUCUAAACGGGGAUGCCUUACACCGGACGAAACAAGACAAGAAAGCGGGCGGGAAUGGGUUCGUGAAGAACCGCUGCUUGUUCCAGCAGAAGCGCUGCCGCCGCCCGGCGGAGAAGAACCAUCAUGCUUCAUGCACUUUGCUUUAUAAAAAGCCAUUUGUGGAGUCGUUUGAGGAGACGCCGCUGCUGGUUGCCGUACUCACCUACAUCGGCUAUGGCAUCCUUACCAUUUUUGGCUAUCUGCGAGAUUUCCUGAGGGACUGGAAGUUUGAGAAGUGUCAUCUGGCCAGAGAGAGAGAAGAACAGAAGGAUUUUGUUCCACUGUACCAGGACUUUGAAAACUUCUACACCAGGAAUCUGUACAUGAGGAUCAGAGACAACUGGAACAGGCCCAUAUGCAGCAUCCCUGGAGCCAAGAUGGACCUCGUGGAGCGGGUCACACCUGACUACAACUGGACCUUUGAACACACAGGGAAUGUUCUGAAAGAUGUUAUUAAUAUGGGCUCAUAUAACUACCUUGGCUUUGCUGAGAAUACCGGCACAUGCGCUGAUGCUGCCUCUGAGUGCACUGUGAAAUACGGCGUGGGGGUGAGCAGCACCAGGCAAGAGAUAGGAAAUCUUGACAAGCAUGAGGAGCUAGAGAAGCUGGUGGCCAGGUUUUUAGGGGUUGAGUCAUCCAUGGCCUUUGGAAUGGGCUUUGCUACAAAUUCCAUGAAUAUUCCUGCGCUCACAGGAAAAGGCUGUCUGAUCUUAAGUGAUGAGCUCAAUCAUGCAUCUCUGGUUCUGGGUGCCCGUCUCUCUGGCUCUACCAUCCGUGUAUUCAAACACAACAAUAUGCAAAGUCUGGAGAAGUUGCUCAGGGAUGCUAUCGUGCACGGCCAACCUAGAACCCACCGGCCCUGGAAGAAGAUCCUCGUCCUCGUUGAAGGAAUUUACAGUAUGGAGGGCUCAAUAGUGCGACUUCCUGAGGUCAUUGCCCUAAAGAAGAAAUACAAAGCUUACCUGUACCUGGAUGAGGCCCACAGUAUCGGGGCACUAGGACCAAGAGGCAGAGGUGUGGUGGACUACUUUGGCCUGGAUCCAUCUGAUGUUGACAUCAUGAUGGGCACUUUCACCAAGAGCUUUGGUGCUGCUGGAGGAUACAUUGGAGGAAAGAAGGAGCUGAUUGAUUACCUCUGCUUACAUUCUCACAGUGCAGUUCAUGCUACCUCAAUGUCCCCACCCAUCACCCAGCAGAUUAUCACUUCUAUGAAGUGCAUUAUGGGAGAGGAUGGCACCACAUUAGGUCAGGAAAGACUCUGUCAGCUGUCAGAAAACACAACCUACUUUCGCAGGAGAUUACAUGAGAUGGGCUUUAUCAUCUAUGGGAACAAUGACUCCCCUGUUGUACCCUUGAUGCUCUACAUGCCAGCUAAAAUCGGAGCAUUUGGGCGAGAGAUGCUGAAGAGGAACAUUGGGACAGUGGUGGUUGGAUUCCCCGCCACACCCAUCAUCGAGUCCCGAGCACGAUUUUGUGUUUCUGCCGCCCACACGAGAGAGAUGCUUGACAAAGCUUUAAAUGCCAUCAGUGAAGUUGGAGAUCUACUCCAGCUGAAAUACUCAAGAAAAAACAGAAAUGGGAGUGAAGGAACUGACUGUUUUUCAUUUCUGGAGAGCCACCAGGAUUAGCACGUUCUCAUGAUGGACUGAAUGUGUCUUUCUUCCACUCUAGAGAGAUUCAUGUCUAACUCGAGUGCCAUUUUCAUGUUGAUUCAUUUCAGUGGACACUCACUGAAGUCCACCAGCUGACCAAAUUUCAAGUUUUCCCUCUGGGUUCAGUAACCAAUAUUCAUUUCAUCGUGCAAUGUAGUAAAGAAUUCACGUCACUGUGUUUAGCAUCAGAAAUGACACCGGAUAAAAGUUAAUGCUUUAGUGUCAGGGCUAAUUUAUCCAACCCUCUACACGGUCUGAAACAAAUGAGAGUAAUUUCUGGUAUUUUAUACAAAUAUUAUCUGGGUUUUUGUCUUGUUUUCCAUUUUAAAAAAUCGUAAACAAGGUUAAUUUACUCAGGGUUACUCGAGUCUUUUUUUUCUCCAUUUGCAAUUAAUGUUUUAAAUAAAGUAGAAUUCUUACAAAAUUUAGUAGAUUUAUGCUUUAAACAAGAAAAAAACAAUAUGCCAAUGGAGGACAAUAAAUGUAAUUCAAGACAUAUAUUGUUGAAGACUUAUUAUAUUAUGCAGUUUAGUAAAAUUUUAAACUAAAUUUAAGGAAAUUUAGAUUUUUACUAGAAAACAAGACCGAAAUCCUGAUAAAGAAAAUGUUUUGUUUUGAGAGUACAAGAAAACUAACUCACACACUGGCAGUAUACCUGCACAGCAAGUGUCAUCUUUUAAUGAGAAAUAAGCUUGAAAAUAUAUAUGUAAAAAGAUAAAUCUACUUAUGAAGGAGAUAAUUUAUUAUAGUUAAACCGUAAAUAAGAAUGUGGCUUCAUAUCCAUAUAAAUGUAUCUAUAAAAAUAUUGACAUGUUUAUUAAUGCACAUUGCAGUGUGUCUGCAUUUAACUCAAUACUCCAUUCAAAUAUCUCAUUUUAAUCUUUUUCACAAUGCAAAUAUGAUUGUAUUAGCGAUGUCUUAAUUAACUUGUACAGAAGAAUACUGACAACAUUCUCUGUUUUGUUUCAUCAAAGCUUUCUGCAUUUCAAUUUGAGUUGUGGUACUUUCCAUGAAUAGGGUACAGUUUGGUGUCCCUUAUCUUUAUCCGAGGAACAAAGCCCAUAUUGCUUUUAAAGAGAAACACUUUUUGGACUCUUUUUACACAAAUUGUUACCCAAGUUAUAUAUAGAGAGAUUUUUCGGCUUUUAA